GAUGUGUGAGGGUGUGUGUGACAUUGUUUGUCACGGCGUUUAUUUUGCGUACACUUGAAUAUGGUCUUUUUUCGCUAACCCCUUCAAGCAUGAACUUCUUUUGCUUCACACUGGAUGGUUCCACGGAGAGCAUAUAUGAAGCAACCCAGCGUCCAUCACUGAAGGAAGUGUUACCCAAGUGCCAGUGUAGUCCUCUUCUCAGGCGUCGACCUCAGUGGACGGGCUCAGAUCCAAACAUAAGUUGUGUGCAACGCCCAAAUAAUGCCAGGUUAAAAAGAAACAAUAGAAGUUCUUGUAUCCCAACUUCAGCGUUGGACAUUGACUCAUCAGGAACCGAUUCUUCAUGCGGGACAGCAUCUGGUGUCAGGAGAGGCGGACAUGACCAGGAGACAGAGCAGAAGACAGCUUCCAGCCAAAGAAACACUUUGACAAGCGAAGUUCAAGUCAACGAGUUGAACUCUGGAAGGACAAAAACUAGUCCUCCGACUCAGGGUGGUCAAAGUGCAGACGACAAAGAAGAACAGAUGCCUUCAACAGCAGGAAGACUAAACUUCUUGCACACUUUGCUGCAAGCCAAAAAGGGACAUCAGAAUGUUUCCGGAAAAGGAAAGAACCGGAUUGAUAGGAGUCAUGUGACGGAUGCGUUAAGUGCCAGCAAGCCAGUGUUGACCUGUGUCGGCCUUGGCAGGCGAGCAGAGAAGACCUCCCGUGAAAGCGAUCAGCAGAUGCAGCAACAAGAAGUCAAAAGUCUCCAUGAAGACGUAAAGAAGGACGACAUUUGGAGCCCUACUAACUGUUCUCAGCCUUGGCCGCCGCUCUACCACGCUUGCCACCAACCUGGUUGUGACUUGUGGGUCUGUGAUGGCAACUUGUUGCUUCCUCGGGCGACAGAAUGGGAUCGUUUUGAGAGCUUGAUUCAGGAACUGGACAGAAAGGAAUCUCAUCAUCUUUCUCCCGAAGUGAGCGACCGAACCACAAAAGACAAAUGUAGCAGAUUUGGAGCUUCAAGCACCUCCAUGGAGAUGUUGCCGUCCAUGAAGCUCGAACAUAAAACAGGUUCUUUGCUGGAACAGAAUGGUCAAGCGCCAAAACCGAGGCAGAAGGAGGACUUACCUGACGCCGACAUAACGCCGACUGAGAGCACAGCAGGCCAAAAAAAUGGAGACAACAAAGCAACAGACGCAGAGAAGAAAGACUUCAGUGUCAGAAGGAAACUGGUGAAAGGACGCAAGCUGUCCAGCACAUCACUGGAGAGCGUCUACAGCAGACAGAGCUCGUCAAGUGGAGUUACCAGCUGGUCGGACUGUUCCAGUAACAGAGACAGUCUGAGGCUGGAGGACGACGUUUUGUCCACAAGACAGUUCUGUGGUCGAGCGAGGGUCCACACAGAGUUUGUGCCAAGUCCAUACGACACUGAAUCCCUCAAACUUCAGGUUGGAGACGUGAUUGACAUUAUCCACAAGCCCGCCAUGGGAAUAUGGACUGGGAUGUUGAACAACAACAUUGGAAACUUCAAGUUCAUCUACGUGGACCUAACAGAGACGGGUCCUUCUGAGACACUUGGGGAUGGGCGAAAUCGCAUUUCAAGACAGCAAUGUCGAUCCACAAUCAAUGAAGUGCUGAAGCACUUCAGCUUGGAGGAAUAUUCCAUGUCUCUUCAGCAGAACGGUUACCAGACCGUUGAUGACUUGAUGAGGCUGAGGGAGCAUCACCUGCCUAAACUGAAAGUGUCCGAUCCGGAACACAGACGUUGUCUGCUAGCUGCUGAGGACUCUUUAAAACAACUGUGCUAUGAUUGUCACUUGGAGAAGGAGUCCAGCGAAGAGGCCGAGACCCCCAGCGAGCACAUGAAGGGAGACAUGAAGACCUGCCCGAGAGACUCCGGCUGCCACAUGUCAUCUGACGGCGAGGUCAUGGAACAUAAUUUUCAUGACGACCUUGGAGCUGAUGAGAUGACAGCGUCAUGACAAGACGUCGUCGUCAGGUCACGUGACUUUUGGAAAGACACAACGCUCAUGUUGAGCUUCUAAUAUUUCAGCAUCUCCGUGGAACUCAACAUUUGGAGCUGGUCAAAUGUAAAUAAGAGAUUUCUGAGCAGUAGUUUGAAAAAUCUAAUGAGUAUGAUAUUUACAAAUGUGUUUUUGAUGUUCUGAACAAAUAAUGAAUCUACUUGCAAUAUAUCAUGUGGAAAAAAAUAUGAAAAUGUGCUAAAUGUGUGUCAUGAACUCUCUUAAUGCCCAUAUUAGGAGUUCCUCGGGGAGAAGCCACCAGUGUUAAUAAACAAUGCAGCCAGUGCUCCUAGACGAACAAUGACUGUACAGUCAUUUCAUCUGCUGUCCGAUCAAUAUUUCUAAAAAAUCUCAUUUUUGAUAAGUUAACGUUUUCAAUACAUGAUAUUAUCAGCAAACCCAAACAGGAUUGCAUCCUCCACUGCACCCGAUGUUGUCUCAUGUGCUUCUUUACAGCCAGCUGGGAACCCUGUUUAAUGAGAGAAUUAUGUGUCUUUAUAUGCAACAAAUAAAAAAAAUGAAUGUAACCAAAACAAUGAUUUGUAACCCCCAAAAAUUAUUUUUAAAUCAAAAAAUGUUAAUACCGGUAAAUGAAAAAAACCCAAAACAAAUUAGUUGCAAAACAUUUAUUUUGGUAAGAAAUAUAUAUUUUUUGUCUACAACUCAACUUCUUGUGGGCUGGGCCUCUUCUGAACAAUUUGUUUUUAAACCUUUUUAUUGGUUGAUCGCGGAUGAUGUAUGAUGUGGGCGUGAUAUUUGGAGGGAAAACACUAAAAACUGACCAAAAAAAUAUAUAAAAAAUGUUUUUGCAAGCUCAAAAUUUCUUUUGACAAUGUUUUGGCUGCAAAAACUGUUUUGGUUACAAAUCUUUUUGGGGGUUUUAUAUAUUGUAUGUAUAUAUGAAUAUACAGUACCGGCCAAAAGUUUGGACACACCUUCUCCUUCAAUGCGAUUUCUUUAUUUUCAUGACUAUUUACAUUGUAGAUUGUCACUGUAGGCAUCAAAACUAUGAAUGAACACAUGUGGAGUUAUGUACUUAACAAAAAAGGUGAAAUAACUGAAAACAUGUUUUGUAUUCUAGUUUCUUCAAAAUAGCCACCCUUUGCUCUGAUUACUGCUUUGCACACUCUUGGCAUUCUCUCGAUGAGCUUCAAGAGGUAGUCACCUGAAAUGGUUUUCACUUC